CUCUGCAUGGCUCUGUUCACUCGUGACAUUAUUUUACAAUCAUUUACCAAACCUCAGAACAGAAACUGACAUUUUUUUACUACUUUUACCCACCGAAUCUUGAAAUGCAUUCGAGCAAAAUUUGCAAUGCCCCGUUAUUUACUCCAGGCCACACCAGACUUGAGAUCCAGAUCAUUAGUACUUAUCAAAAUAUGGUCUUUGAUUAUUGUGUUCAAUCUUACUUUCAUAGCUGGGACUUCACCUUAUCUUAUGAAGUGGAAUGAAGGUUUUAUUCUGCUUGGUACUCAGUUUGCGGGAGGAGUGUUCUUGGGCAUUGCUUUGCUGCAGUUUCUUCGUGAUUCGAAUGAGUUUUUUGACAAGUUGGGCUCAGAUGAUUACCCUUUUGCGUUCAUGCUGGCUGUUUCUGGGUAUUUGUUGACAAUGUUGGCGGAUUGUGUGUGUGUUUAUGUGUACAGAAAGCGAAAAUGUAGAGAGACUGCCGCACAGCAAAGAAAAUCUAGCACAAACGUAGCCAGCAGUAGCACUGGGACCUCACAAUCACGCAUUCAGGUUCCUGAUGACAGAUUUAAUCAUUACGUAGAUCCAGCAUUUUUCAGCACCAGCUCUUUCGGAGACAGCAUCUUGUUAAUUGUGAUGCUGUCAUUCCAUUCUGUUUACGAAGGAAUCACCAUUGGCAUCGCAGGCACAGGCAGUAAAGCCUGGCGAACACUUUGGGUGGUUAGCCUGCACAAGAUCUUUGCUGCCAUAGCAAUGGGAAUAGCAUUAAUGCGGACUAUUCCUGAUCAUCCACUCAUAUCAUGUGCAGCCUAUUCUUUUGUUUUCGCCAUCUCUACACCACUCGGUGUAGGCAUUGGAAUUGUGAUAGAUUCUACAGUUCAAGGGGUUGUAGCAGACUGGAUUUAUGCAAUAUUCAUAGGGAUUUCAAGUGGCGUUUUUCUUUAUGUCUCGGUGAAUCAUCUAGUCUCCAAAGGGUACUCUCCACAUAGUAAGGUAUCAGUCGACACACCUCUACAUAAGUUCUUGGCUGUGCUGGUUGGAGUUGCUGUGAUCGCUAUUAUCAUGAUCUGGGAGUCUUGACACAUUGUUAAUACGCGUUUUUGUGUCCUAGUCAGAUAGCUUACCUGAAAAAACAUUUAUUAAGAUUUCAAGGUUUUUGGCAGAAUAAAUCUUAAUUCGUAUUUGACCUCUCAAACCUCGACUAGCUUCAUAAAAUCUCAGCUUUUUAUCUGUGUUACAUUCCUGUAUCCUUCUUGAUUGGAAUUCACGAAAAGGUGCUGUGAAAUUUAACAGCAUUUGGUA